AUGGCUGGGAAAAAAUACCGUCGUAACUACAAAUCUAAGAAGCAGACCAUAUCCAGAUCCACAAGAGCAGAACUGCAGUUCCCUGUUAGCCGCGUAGACCGCUUCCUGAGACAGGCUCACUACGGCCAGCGCCUGAGCUCGUCCACACCUGUUUUCCUUGCUGGUGUUCUGGAGUACCUGACAGCCAAAAUCCUGGAUCUAGCAGGUCAGGAGGCUCACAGCAAUCGCAGGAUGCGCAUCACCCCGGAACACGUGGAGAAGGUGCUGGAGAAGAACGGGCAGCUCUGUCGCAUCUUCGAGGAGAACUCCAAAUCUCCGGAUGCUGAGAAACCCAACAAGAGUAAGAAGUGA